AUGCCGCCUCGACUCACCAAGCUCUGGCGUCCCGUCGCCGCAGCUACCGCCGUCACGGCCGUCACACUUGGCGGAACAGUCAUCUACUCUCGCGCCAACAAGAACCUCUCGCACGACAGGGCUCUCGUUCCGCCGCGCCGCGACGCCAACGGCAAAAUCGUCCCUCCCGCCUUUCCACCCAUCAGAUCCCGAGCCGAGCAGCUCGCCGAGCUACGAAAACACAACGCCAAAGACGCCGAGUAUGACAUCCUCAUCAUCGGAGGCGGUGCCACGGGCACAGGCAUUGCGCUGGAUGCCGUGACCCGCGGCCUCAAGGUCGCCCUGGUCGAGCGCGACGACUUCUCCGCCGGCACGAGCUCCAAGAGCACCAAGCUCGUCCACGGCGGCGUGAGGUACCUCGAAAAGGCCGUCUGGAACCUCGACUACCCACAGCUGGAGCUCGUCAUCGAGGCUCUCCGCGAGCGCAGGGGCUUCCUGAACAUCGCGCCGCACCUGUCCAGCUCCCUGCCCAUCCUGCUGCCCCUGCAGAGCUGGUUCCAGGCGCCCUACCUCUGGGCCGGCUGCAAAAUGUACGACCUGCUCGCCGGCUCCCAGGGCCUGGAGUCGUCCUACCUCCUCAGCCGGACCAAGGCCAUUGACGCGUUCCCGCUGCUCAAGAGGGACAAGCUCGUCGGCGCCCUGGUCUACUACGACGGCCAGCACAACGACUCCCGCAUGAACGUCUCUCUCGCCCUGACCGCCUCCCUGUACGGCGCCACCGUGCUGAACCACGUCGAAGUAACUGCCCUUGACAAGGACGCCGACGGCAAGAUUUGCGGCGCCACGGUCCGCGAUCUCAUGGCCGGCGAGGAAUCGUCGUCGCGGCCCUUUUCCGUGCGCGCAAAGGGCGUCAUCAACGCCACCGGUCCCUUUGCCGAUGCCAUUGAGCGCAUGGACGACCCCCAGCGCAAGGAGAUCAUCGCCCCGGCCUCUGGCGCCCACGUCAUGCUUUCGGGAAAGCUGUGCCCCAAGGGAAUGGGCAUCCUGGACGCUGCCACCUCUGACGGACGCGUCGUGUUUGUUUUGCCCUGGCAGGGAAUGACGGUUGCGGGAACGACGGACAAUGCGUCCGCGGUGGAGAGGGAGCCCGUGGCAAGACAGGACGACGUCGACUUUAUCUUGAAGGAGGUCAGCAAGCUUCUGGAGCCCGAGAGCGUCUUGACCCGCGACGAUGUUUUGGCCACCUGGUCUGGCAUUCGCCCGCUGGUUCGUGACCCCAAGGCAGGCAACACCGAGUCCCUGGUGCGCUCGCACCUCGUCACCGUCUCCCCCUCGGGCCUGCUCACCUGCGCCGGCGGCAAGUGGACGACGUACCGCCAAAUGGCCGAGGACGCCGUCGACGAGGCCAUCGGGGCCUUUGGCCUGACGCCCCGGCCCGUCGCGCUGCCCGACAUCAGCGGCCACCAACUCCCGAGCCUCACCACCGACGGCCGGUGCCGGACGCUGUCCACGCCCGUCCUCGGCGCGCACGGCUUCUCGACCUCGCUGCCGUCGCAGCUGAUGGAGGUGUACCCCAUCGACGCCGACGUCGCGCACCACCUGGCCACCAACUACGGCGACCGGGCGUGGGCCGUCCUCGCCGCCUCCCCCUCGGUCUCGCGCGUCGCCCCGUCGUUCCCCUUUAUCGAGUCGGAGCUGCGGCACGCCGUGCGCUCCGAGGCCGCGUGCACCGCGGCCGACGUGAUCGCCCGCCGGAUGAGGCUGGCCUUUUUGGACGUGGACGUCGCGCUGCACGCUUUGCCGCGCGUCAUUGACGUCUUGGCCGAGGAGCUCGCGUGGUCCGAGUCACGCAAGGAGCAGGAGUGGCGGGAUACCGUGCGCUUCAUGAGGUCCAUGGGCUUGGACGAGGACAAGCUGGGCGUCACGAGGGAGGACGUUGUCACCGGGAAGGUGAGGGCGCGGAGGGCGCUGGGCGCCAAGGAGCCCGCCAAGGACGUUGAGAUUCCCCUGGGCAGAGAGCUGGAGGCUGGUGCCAUGAGGAAUGCUGCAUAG